AUCAUUAGUUCUUCGAUCAGAGCGCCAAAUCAAAAAACCAGAUAAAUUCACAAUUCCUCUGCUUCACAAUUCAAUUGCUUCCCAAUUCACCUACUUCGCAUUGUAUCUUAAUCGGAGAAGAUGACGGACGAAGAGGACACUCGAUCGGAUGAAAUUGCUGAUGAAGAUAAGCGACCUGUGACAAAGCAAAUGGCGAAGCGACCGAAGGAGUUGUCUCAUAAGGAUGGCUGGGGUGUUUCUCAUUUGCCGUCAUCAGAGGGUUAUAUGCCUGAGUUUGAUGAAAUCCGAUCUGCCCCGACCCGGGUUGCUGGUGAUGUGGAGGUAUGUGAUGAGAAGGAGAAUAGUGAAUCCCCCAGGGCGAUGCUGGCAUCUGAGAUGAUACACUGGAUUCUCAAAGAGAUCAAAGCCUCAUCAUGUUCCGAAGGUGAAAGGCUAAAGGAAGCCACUAACAUCAACACGUCUCUCUCAACAUUGGGGCUUGUGAUUAUGAACCUUGUUAACAUGUCCAAUGGGAAGUCACUCCAUGUUCGUUACCGAGAUUCAAAGCUGACAUUUUUGUUACAGGACUCGCUGGGAGGGAAUGCAAAAACAAUCAUAAUUGCCAACGUCAGUCCUUCCAGCAGGUAAUAAUUACAUAUCGUUGAUGCCUUCUACCAAAUCACAUUUGUCUUUGUAUCCUGAGUUACAUUUUGGAUCAAAGGCUCCCCUGUUUUGGAGACUAAACAGUUCAUUUUAACCAAAUGUUGAAAUGAAGAAACAAAUACUUAUGACUUGACUUCUGCAGCUGCUAUCUAGAAACUCGAAGCACAUUGAAAUUUGCUCAGCGUGCCAAAUUCAUAAAGAAUCAUGUAAGUG